UGUGUGUCUGAGUGUGUGUCUAAGACUGAGGCUUGAUAAAGUGAAGUAAAGUUACUGCUAAGGAGAAACAGAAGGAAAGAAGACAUGACUCAUAAGAAAGAGUUCGGUCAUUCAGACUAGAGGGCUGGAAGGGAAUGAUUCUGAAAGCACAGCUGAAAGGAAACAGACCUCUUGUUUAACACAGUAAGGGAGGGAGAACAAGAGGCAGAGAGAAAGAAAGAGACAGAAAUGCUAAAGAUAGAAUAUUAUUACAGAAACCAGUACUGUAAUCCAGAAAAUAUUAGUAAUCUGAAACAUCUAAGCUGAAGAAACAGAAAAUAAAUAAUUAUUGUUUACAGAUUUUGGAACUAAAACUACAGAGUUUAUGAACAACUUGAUUAUUUGGAGCCAACAAGGAAAAAAAUAGUGUAGGAAAGCAAAAAGAACGUUUUGCAACUGCAGAACCAGGUCUUAUGUUGUAAGUUUGAAGUCGUACUCCACACAAGCUAAACUGACAGAAAGAGCUGUGAGACGUGGGCAGCCAUCCCAGUCAAGAAAUACUUGUGACUGGAUUUAUAUUAUACUGCAUUUGUAUAAAGGAUGAAGGCAUGCGGUCACUGGGGUCUUUUCCCCUGGCACUAUCUUAACUUGCUUCUUCUAGCCUACAUUGCUCGAUAUUUUGGAGAUGGAUACCCACUGCAAGAAGGAGAACUUCUUGGAGAAAUCAUUAUUCCAGCCUGGGUCUCUCAACAGUGGACAGAACCAGCAACGGCCACAGACAGACAGAAAAGAUAUCCAGCAAGAGGCGAGAUUACAGUGACCGUUGAUGGCAAGGAACUUGUCUUGGAGGUUGAACAGAACAGUGAACUGCUGGCAAAGGGAUACACUGAGACACAUUACACCAAGGAUGGGACACCAGUGACCAGUCAACCUAAUCAUACAGACCACUGCCAUUACCAUGGACAUGUGAAGAAAUAUCGAGAAUCAUGGGUAGCCCUUAGCACCUGCUCUGGAUUCAGGGGCCUUAUAGUCCUGGAAAAUGAAACUAGCUACUACAUAAAGCCACUUGGAAGCAGUGUUUCAAAACAUCACACCAUCCACAAGACAACAAAUAUGCCAGUAAUAAAUGGUACAUGUGGACAUGAAUCCCAUUCACUGGACAACAUGUCAGACUUCACCAAGAUGAUCCAAUCUGUACAUUCAAGGAUAAAGCGAAAUACCUGGACAACUCAAAAAUAUAUGGAAUUAUUCAUUGUUGCAGAUAAUGCCUUGUAUCGGAAACAACAGCAAAAUUUGGGACAAACAAAACAAAGAAUUCUAGAAAUUGCCAAUUAUGUGGACAAGUUUUACAGAUCUGUAAACAUCAAGGUGGCUCUUAUAGGACAAGAGGUCUGGACAGAAAAAGAUCAAAGCCAAGUGAGUGAUGAUCCAAAUGCAACCCUCUGGGCCUUCAUGAAAUGGAAACAGAAAUUGAAAUUUCGGAAGAAACAUGAUAAUGCCCAGCUCCUAACGGGAGUAGUAUUCAAAGGAACGACCAUUGGCAUGGCUCCACUGGAAGGAAUGUGCACCCAGGACAAUUCAGGAGGUGUCAGUGUGGAUCACUCUGAGUUACCAAUCGGUGCUGCUGCUACCAUGGCCCAUGAGAUUGGACACAAUUUUGGUAUGAGUCAUGAUGCUGAGGGCUGUUGCACUGAGGCCAAACCUGAUGAUGGAGGCUGCAUCAUGGCUGCUGCAACAGGACAUCCAUUUCCCCGCGUCUUCAGCAAAUGCAGCAAAAAUGAACUCCUGACCUAUUUUCAGAAAGGAGGUGGGAUGUGUCUCUUUGAUAUGCCCAACACUGAUGACCUGGUGGCAGGGAAGAAAUGUGGCAACGGUUUUGUGGAAGAGAAUGAGGAGUGCGACUGUGGUGAAGUGGAGGAAUGUACCAAUCCAUGCUGCAAUGCAAACAACUGUACGCUGAAGGCUGGAGCUCAGUGCGCACAUGGUGACUGUUGUUCAAACUGUCAGCUGAAGAAUGCAGGAUCAGUUUGUAGACCACCAGCUGGAUCAUGUGAUUUACCAGAAUACUGUACAGGGACAUCACCAUACUGUCCUGCCAAUGUCUACAUCCAUGAUGGUUCUACCUGUGCAAACGGUGCUGCCUACUGUUACAAUGGAAUGUGCCUUACACAUCAGCAGCAGUGUGUUCAGCUCUGGGGACCAGGUGCGAGACCAGCCCCAGAUGCCUGCUUUGAAGAUGUAAAUGCUGCAGGAAAUGCCUACGGAAACUGUGGCAAAGAUAGUCUUGGAAACUACAUUAGAUGUGAAAAGAGAGAUGCAAAAUGUGGUAAGAUCCAGUGUCAAAGUGCAGCCACAAAACCAAAAGGCACCAACACAGUCUCUAUAGACACUACUAUUAGGCUGGAGGGACGGGAGGUGAAGUGCAGAGGAACAUUUGUCUACACUAAACAUGAGGAAGAGAAAGAUCUGCCAGACCCAGGACUUGUAAUAGCUGGAACUAAAUGUGGUGCUGGAAUGGUCUGUAAAGAACGCAGGUGCCAGAAUGCUUCAUUCACAGAACUGUAUGAAUGCAUUGCUCGAUGUCAUGACAACGGGGUCUGCAACAGCAACAAGAACUGCCACUGCAACAGGGGGUGGGCCCCUCCAUUUUGUAACAAGCCAGGACUGGGAGGCAGUGUUGACAGUGGGCCAAUACAACCAGACAGCCAGGUGGGUUUGGUUGUCGGGUUACUGUUUGCAUUCCUGGUGAUACUUCCUGCUCUGUUUGUUGCUGUGUUUUGCUGCUACAAGAAGGAGACAUCGCUCUUCAACACAUGGAUAAAGAAGCGAAAGGAGAGCGUAGAAACAAGCAGAAACCGUAAGUUGGAUAAGAAAGUUUACAAGGGACAACCUGAUGCUGCAGUACCUCUUAAGAGUAUUACUCCUUCUGAAACUGGCAACAGGAUUAAUAAGCCUGGAAAAGAAGCUUCAGCAAAUGGCUACCAGCCUGUCAAUAUAGUGCGUCCCCUCCGUCCUGCACCUAUUCACAACAGCCAGAGCCAAGGUAUGAGAGAACUGAAACCGUUGAGACCUGCACCUCCCAUUGGAAAGUCACCCAUGCUUCCUGGGAAGAAAGAAAGCCAUCCUCCAACUGGAAGCUCACCAACAUUCCUUACAAAGAAAGAAGUUCCUGUCAAGAAACCAAUACCUCCUGCUAGCAAACCUUUUGUGUUCCCUGUAAAGUCAGAAGAUGAUGCAAUGAAACCUAUACCUCCAAGAAAACCUCUACCCAUCCAGCCAGCAAAGAACAUUCCAGCUGUGUUUACUACUCCAGUAAAGGAGACUCCUCCUGUAAAGCCCUUACCUUUGAAACCGGCCCAUACCAAAGCUGGAGCAUUGACAUCCAACAAUUCACUGCUUGUCACAAUGCCUACAGUGAAGGCCAAAUCAGCUGUCAGCAAUCCUGUGCUUCAGAGUGGAAAACCACUAAAGCCUUUACCUACAAACAAACCUCAAGCAACAUCCUUCCCAUUUAGAAAAUGAUACCUCUAGAAUAGGACAAUCGUGACCAGCAUUGCAUUCACUGCACCACAGGAGAACACAACUUCCUCAAGAAUGACAGGUUUGAUAACUGCAAGCAGAAGAUAAGAACAUUAUAUGGAUAUAUUUUUAUACAAGUCAACGGCUCAUUUAAUAAUGCUGGAGGAAGAAAUAGUGCCUGAAACUUAUGUCUUCAAACUGAACUGCUUCAGAUGCUGUUACAAACUGAGAGAGUUGUGAUAUCUACUUAACGUGGCUUGGCAGCAGUCAUGAAACCAAAGUACUUUACUUGUCACCCAGUAUCUCUCAAUAGUGACACAGCCACUUCACAGAAGCAGAGAAUGUCAGAACGCAAUGCUGAUAAAUUAUUUAACACAUUUGCACUGCCACAAAACAGAAGCAAGUAGUCCAUUUGUAUGAAGCACUGUGUUGGAAAUACUGAAUAUGCAUCUACAUAGCAGCACUGUUCUUUUUAAUGUAAAUCAUACCGAGUGAUGCUGCUGUUUAUAGUUCUGGGACUAGUGAUUGCAGCAGAGCCUUUUGACUUUGGUAGUUAUACAUACUGUGGCUUCCUUUCAUCUGUCUCACUAUCAGUCAUACUACCCAUCUAUAGUUCCAUUGCACUUACAGCAGAUAGCAAUUUUCCUGAUACUCACUGGUUAUGUUCUUGUGUUAUGUUAUGUUAUGUUAUGACACUGACAAUUAUGUCUGCAACUCACCAUCUGGGCAUCUGUAGUACCUAAAAAUACUUUGCUAAACUGAUCAUUCACCAUGUCCCUGUAAUAUGACAACAACACAGAAACUGAUCUGCACCUAUGUUUCUGUGGUAACUAAACAGAAAUAACAAAACUGCUCAUUCCCAAGUGCUUACCCUUGCAGAGUGUUUAACAGCAUUAAUCAGGAUUUAUGAUACAGGUCACAACAUACCACACACCAAAUUUCUUUUGUACUUGACAACACUAAAUUAGUUCUUGAAACUCAUGUUACUAUAUCCCAGAAAGUAACAGUGUGAGACAAGACCAUCCAAUACCAUCUACAUUUCCAGGGCAGCUCAUAGACUUACAAAUAUUCUUAAUUCUCAUCGACACAACAUUAACAAACAGCUGAAUUCUCAGCUGGGGGUACCUACUGUGCAGUUUAUGUGCCUUACCCAUGUCCUGUGGGUUUCAACAGCUGUUCUGGUUUCUUUUUAUAUCCCACAAACAAUUUAAUAUUCCUCCGUUUUCCUCAUAGGUCUGUUCACAGUGGGAGAGUAAAUGUGCAUGUAUUUUUAGAUGAGUAGACAGCUUGUUAUGGGCACACUUCUAUGCCUUACAUCACUAAGUGCUGGGGUAGGCUGCAGUCCCUAUGCACUACCCCAUGACCACACACCAAAUAGAAUGAGUAAUCAGAAAAUUAAUUACUGCACUUUAAGGAAAGAAACUGGAGCCCUCCUAAGACACAUUUCUGAUGCUUCCUGUGUCUUGUGCCUGUGGUAGCUGGCAGCAGUGCACAGUGCUCAUGAAACUGGAGUCCUCCUAAGACACAUUUCUGAUGCUUCCUGUGUCUUGUGCCUGUGGUAGCUGGCAGCAGUGCACAGUGCUCAUGAAACUGGAGCCCUCCUAAGACACAUUUCUGGUGCUUCCUGUGUCUUGUGCCUGUGGUAGCUGGCAGCAGUGCACAGUGCUCAUGAGACCUUCUGAGCCAUACCCAUCACAUACUGAUUCAGUAGGUCCAUCUUCAGUGAUGGUCAGUUUCCUCAAAACAUGCAAACUUCCCUUAUGGUUGAGUGAAUCAUUUGUUAAUCAGGUAGACCCACUUGACACACAGUCCCUUUUCACAAACAACUCAGAAGCAAUGUCUGAUUAAGUGACUUACUCAAAGUCACACAGUGGGCAAAUGAGGGCUGGGGAAACAAACCCUGUACCACAGGAACUACAUCUCACAGCUUUAACCAUUUGCAAAACAUAAGUAGUACCCGUGGCAGACCCCUGGUUAGAAUGUAGAGACCUGACCCCCCCCCACUUAUGACUCAAUUUAUGUGGUCCCAUUUUGGUUAAAUGAUCUGCUGAAAACAAAAUUGCUGAAUGCUACUACAUUUACCACAUCUCUGUAAAAUCAACAGCACUGAGCAACGCUUUUGCACGAUUUGCACGACUCUGUAAUGCCUAGCAGGGCUGACUGAGACUCCUAAAAUCAUUUCUGAUAAGGGAUAAUACUGACAUCUGUGACACUAUCUAUGUCACCUAACAGCACUCAGUAAGAUUCCUAAAAUGGUGUGCAAUGAAACUCAUGGCACUGCCUACUGUAUGCCUCUGUGACAACAGACAAUAAAGAAUCAUAUUUUUGGCCCUCUGCUUGUGGCUCUUGAAAGCAGCAAAUUAGACCAAAUACAUUACCUGUGUCAUGGCUUUGUGGCACUAGAUGUCUCUAAGUAAAAUUUCUGGCACUGAUAUACAUCUUCAAUACCUGCAAAUAUCAAGUAAGUCCAGUCUAUUAUGCCUUUGUGUGUUUUACAGCAUUCAGCAACACUUCUAGAAACUACUCUAUCAAAUUUCUAUGAUAUAUUUUAUUAGGGGCUGACAUAUUUAAUACAAAUGUCAUGUUUCUGUGGUAGCUGAUAGCAGCAGUGUACUCUGGCUGACAUGUUGACAUGUACUGUGCAAUAUCUCUGAGUCUGAGUACAUGCAAGCAAUGAGUGACACUACUAGUAUGUACUUUGUUGUAAUUGUGUAAAAGCUGAGACAUCAGUUAUCUGCUUUAUCAAGUCUCUGUAGCAUCAGACAGCAUCCAUAGCACUAAUGGUAGCCAGUAAGGCUUCCCUUGCCAUACCAUAUGUUGGAAGUGUUCCAACUAAAAUAUAUAUAUAUAUAUAUAUAUAUAUAUAUAUAUAUAUAUAUAUAUAUAUAUAUAUUUUUUUUUUUAAAUAUAUGGGAAAACACUGAGAAAGACUCCUGUCAACCAAAUAUGGGAGGUUUCUGCAGUACCUGACAGCAGCACAAAGACUCGUGGAAAGCAGUAUGACGUGCCUGUAUGACAUAAAACAGCAUUAACAUGACUCCUUAUACAGCUUUCUGAUGUCACAUGUCCCUGAAUGAUAUUCCUGACAUCUGCUGUGUUAAGUCUCUAUAGCACCUAACAGCAAUGAAUGAGAAUGCUGACACCCACUGAUUCGUGUAAACUUGGCAUCUAAAUGCUAUGAUUGACUCUUGUCUUGUAAGUUAUGUGGCAGUAGUGGGUGUUCAUGACACGUAAUUGCAAUGAAUAAGAGUAAUCAACCACUACGUUAUGGCACAGUGGUGCUUGUAAUUCAGUUCAUCAAGACCAAUAUAGUGAAACCCAUUUGGUCAAGAUAAGUAGGCUGAAUGGACAUUUCAAUGAAAAUGUUAUAACUUACCUUGAGUUUUAGUUAUUUAUGAGAUUACCUGGGUACAGCAGCCUACAUGAAGGUACAGAGGAUUUUUGUCUUUCUGUUGAAAUUUCAAGGACUAGAAUUGUGUUCCUUAGAACAAUGGGGCUGAAUCUGCAAAUACAGACACAGAUAUACUAACCCAGAGUUUGUGGUUCCAUGGAGUAUACCUCAUACUAGUUUGUAAUGAUCUCAGACUUCAUUAUAUAAGGUAGUUAGAGUACAGUACCACCACUGCAACAUUCAACCUCCCUGCAAAACUGCUUUAAGGGUGCUACAACAAGUUUCAAGAUUCCCUGCAUUUUUAUUCUACUUGCAAUUUACUUUUCAGAGUUGCAAGACUCACAAUUAAGGGUCUCACAGUUCUAAUUGCGAGCAAGAGUCGUUGCCCCGUGUAAAAAUCUUUUGGUAAGUUGCCUAUUUUGUCUAUCAAUCUUGGCUAAACAGGCUUUGUUAAAGAAAAAAAUUUUGAAUUAAACAACCUGUAUGUGUAACACACUGUUCCAUGUUUUUUUUUGUUUAGACAAAACUCCCGACACCCACUGCAUAAGACUUUGUGGUGCCUAACACCAAUGAGUGCUACUCCUGACACCUAAUACAGGAAGUCCAUGCAAUGUGACAUUGCACAGCAAGACUUUAGAUACCUACUGUAGUACUUGAUGGCACCAUGCUUCUAAUGCCUCAUGUACUAUGAUACUGUGGCACUUGACACCACUAAUCAGUACUCCACACACACACACACACACACACACACACACACACACACACACACACACACACACACACACACACACACACUGUAUCCAGCCUCCAUAUUGCCUAACAGCACUGAAUGUGGCAGUUGGCAUAAUGGUUAAGGUGUUUGCCUUAAAGACGCAAAGUGCAGGGUUUGAUUUUUAUCUUUGGGAAGCAUGGCUAGGCUUAAAAAGCCCCCUUGUGAUCAUUAGCCUAAUAGUUACUUAUGAACCUAUUAAGAUCCACUAUACUAUUUUUGUAGCAAUUAACAGUACUUUGUAAUCUGUCCUGAGAGCAUCUGGUUCAUAUUUCAUUGGCACCUUACAGUACUACAGCAAACACUUGGUACAUAUAGCUCUGGGCCUCACUGGUACCAAGUAGCAUUGAAUGAAACUCCUGCUACAUGUUCAGUCAUGUCAUGGUGGUCCUCAACAACACUUGAGUCAGUCGUCUGGCAUCUCCUUUACAUGCACCUCUAGCACCAAACAGGAACCAGCUCAACCCUGAAUACAUGCAUUUUUAUGUCUUUCUAGUACCCAACACUAUAGCUACAGCAAUCCACAGUAUACUUUUCUGUACUGCCUGAGAAAAAAAGCAGUUCUCACAAUGCCUUCUGUAUCAUGUGUGCAGAAACAAGACUACACUCGCCAACAAGCCUAACACCUACUGACAGAAAUCGGUGUCAUUAUUAGUACACAGCAUGUCAUGUUUCAUUGACAACUAAUUUUUCCACAGUGCUGUUAUAAUACCAAAGUCUCAUGUCUAUGGCACCUGAAAAGACUCACAACAGUAAUGAUACCUACUGAAGUAUAUCUUUUCUAAUACUUGAGACAGUGUAUCUGCACAAACAGCACUACACCACACACUGUACCUGCAAACCUAACACCUCUGUAUCAUACACUGUACCUGCACAUCUGACACCACUACACCAUACACUGUAACUGCAUAUCUAACCCCACUAUACCACACACUAUAACUGCACAUCUACCACUGCACCACACACUGUACCUGCAGACCUACAACUACACCAUACCUCCACAAAACCUGACAACUGCAACUAAAAAGCCUAAGACUUCACAGCCAUACAGCAUGUGACACAACUAAAGUAAAAAGACAGCAAUGAACAAUACUCUUGCUAUAUUACUCUACAGUACCCUACAGCAACAUCAACCUUUGUAAUACAUUUCUGAUGCACAUAAUAGUACUUCGUUAAUAACUAUCUACACCUGAUAUAUCUGCUUUGCCAACACUUACUGAGAUUCAUGAUAAUCGAUGUAUAAUACUACUGCGGCAUCUGACACCAUGAUAAGAAAAAAAUCUGGUAUCUUCUGUGCUGCUGAAGAAUACACAAUAAGUCUACGCCACACCAGGGCACAAAACAGAAUUCCUGUUUCCCACAAGUCACACAUUUGUGGUUCUUGUUAUAAUUUAUAUAUCAAAAGUAAACAACAGUACUUGGAGCAAACCUCAGGAUUCUGAGUUAAUACUUCUAAACUUGGCAGAAAUGAGUUUCUCCUCAUGCUGUAUGCAUGCAACUUUACACUACAAAUUCAGUUAAACAUCUUUUACCCAUCACACACACACACACACACACACACACACACACACACACGCGCACACACACACCAUUAUUGUGUGCUUAACAACACUGAAUAAGACUAAUGAAACUUUCAUUUGUCAUAUUCCUGUCACACCAUAUUGAAAAAACACUGUCUGUCAAAUAUUAAACCCGAGUAAUACUUUUGUCUUGGCCCCAUGUCCCCUCUGUCACCAUUUACCAGGUCCCCUAUUAGCCUAUGUAUUCUCUUCUCCUCUCAUCUGUAUGAGGGGCAGGGGAGUAUGGAGAAAUCUUCCCAUAACCCUAGGCAGAAGAAGUCCCCUCCUCUCUGGAGGAAAGGCAGCCUUAAUGACCAUUCACAUGGUGAUAAUGACAUCCCCAUUUGAUAACAGUGAAUGCAAACAGGCUGGCAUUAUAUAUAUGUAACCAGGGGCAGGGGUAUGUUUGGUACAAAGGAGAAAGGGAAGCAAGGCUUAUUUCAAAAGACUUUAUCACUUACGAUACCGCACCGCUCACCCCCCCCCCCAAUUACUCACCUGCAGUAAAGGAUAACUGCUGCAGAAUUCCCUGAGGGGGUGCCCCAGUUAUAGGCAGAACCCCCAGUUCCUUCCAUCCAGAAGGCAGGCUGAUGUAAAAUGACCAUUCCCACCCCCAACCUGGCUUCUCCAGUGCCUGAGCCACUAAUCAAACUUGAGUUGUCUGGUCACAGUCAUGGCUUUAUCCUUCUAUACUACAUAGAUGGGCUGUUCAAGUAAUGCAUUAGUGUUUCUUCAUCUUUAUGCUACUGCACAGCAGUAACACAAAAUUCCAAACAUCUAGCUAGACUGUAUUUGUGGUUUCUUUCAGCUUUAAUGCACAAAGCUAAUGCCAAUCCUGUUUCAGUGCCACUUGAGAAUACUGAACAAACCUUACCAUCCACCACAGCAUUCUGAGAGGUUUUAGUAAGAGAAAAUUGCUGGUAUCCACUUACUGUGCCUUUGGGAUAUUUGUGAGUUAUAAGUGAGACUUCUGACAGUCACAUACAUACAUACAUACACACACACACACACACACACACACACACACACACUACCAUGACCAGUGACAGUAGUCACUGAAACGGCUGAGACAAUGAGUGAGACAGAGAGACUGACUCAUUUAGUAAGACAAGAAAUCAUGGUUUUUAAGGCCCAGCAUGUCUGUACUACCAAGUAUUGCUGAGCAAGACCAGGUUACCUGCUAAACUGCUACACUAGCUGUGUAGUGCCUAACUGAAUUUUUAAACCUAUGCAACAAACAUAGAUUAAUGGUAAUGAUGAGGUACAAAGUAGCAUUCAUGCACAUCUCUUUUUCAGGUUUCUACUACUGAGUCUCUCAGUGCAGACUAAGAUUUCAAAAAUGUUGUUGUGACUAAAGGGAAGGAUUAGCAAUGCUUCCUGACCAUUAUCUGUCACAUUUCUGUGGUACCUACCUGUACACUAAGGAGUCUAUCAUAUCCCCUACCAAGAUGUUUCCCUGGUAUUAGUCAAUGAAAAACAUUCUAGAUACCUAUCCAUCAUCUCAUAUUUGUGGUGCUGACAUAAGUGGUUGUAAAUUGUGCUGACCAGCUGACAUGAAUUGCUGGUUCCUCAUCACACUACAAAUAAGCCUUGUACCAACCUACUGUCCGUCUGUGAUAUCUCCUUAGUACUUUGGGAGGCUUCUGCUAUUUUCCUACCACCAGGCCAUAUCCCCUAACAACGCUACAUGGUAUUGGUCUGCGACAUCUAACAGCACCAAGAAAGACUCCUGGUACUUUCUCUUCCAUAAUCAAUAUCCAGCACUUGGCAAUUCAAACAGUACUUCCAUCUUCCUGCAUACUGUUAUUCUGUGAUAGUCAAAACGCCGCUUAUCUGGAGGAACUUUUGGAUUUGUGGGACCGGACAUCCCUAAUCAAGACACCUGAUACUCACCAACAUGGCCACCAACUAUCAAUCAAAAGACACAGCAGAACUCUAAUAACCUGCAAAAUAAUAUAAGGCAUUUGACAGACAGGUAAGACUGCUGAUACCAACUAAUUAUCAUUCUAUGGUACCUGAUAACACUGAGUAAGGUUCACAUUACUAAUCAAUCAACUACAGAUAUGUCAUCCUUGACUAGAGAAACCAAAGCUUCAGCUACCUACAGUUUAUAAAUUUAUGUUAUUCAAUAACAUUGAGCACAAUUUAGGAUGUCCACCAAAUUGUCCAUCUGUGAUACCUGGCACCAUUCAGCAUGAAUGCCCACCAAAAACCCUCUGGCAAAACUAACAGAAAUUAUCAACUGGGCACACCUAACAGAGCUGAGCAAAUCUCUUGGUGCCUAUUUAUCAAUGGCUUGUUAGACCAGAAGAGUUCCUGAUGCCAAUGUGUCAUUAUUCCGAGGCACUUGAUAACAAACAGAAAGACACGCCACGUAACAGCAUGCAGCAUGUGGGCACUAUGUACAGAUGCUACAUAACAGAAACAGUUCCCCAGAUUCCCUGCUCUGAUGUUCAAGUGGCAAGUAAAGAGUAUCAGUAUUAAAGUGUUUAUAUUCAGCGGACAACAGUCACAAGGGUAUCCCUUGCAGCAGUCCACUUUACCCGAGCGUGCACUAAGUGCAGUGUUAUAAAGAACUUCUCUGGCAGUGACUCUUACACUCAUAGCCGUCCUUACACAUAGGCCAACUAGGCGGCCACCUAGGGCGCUGCUCUAGUAGGGGCGCUUUUCCGGUAUUUAUUUGGUAUAGGUAGACUAGGAUGGGGGCACCGGGAUGGUGUGGUGGGGGGGGCGCCAUGGAGACCUUUUACCUAGGGCACCAGUUGACCUAAGGCCGAUCCUGCUUACACUGUUCAUGUCAGAAUAACAGCCUGACCUGCAAUAUACAGUACUGUAUUUGUCCACUCAUAAUUAGUUUCUGAAUGAAUGUUUACAUUUUUAAAUACAGAAAAUUAAAAACUUGUACUGUUCUGGUGCGGUAUAUGAAUGCAAACCUCCACUUACAUAGUAAGGAUGUGCUUCUAAAUUAAUCUCUUAUGGGCCCAAAUAGAAAACUGUUUACAUCUUCAUAGUUAUUGUAUGACAUCAGAGUGAUGUAUCUCUGCAAUAUGUGCUUCAUAUUGUUUGUCCACAUGAAUAUGAAGAGUUAGAAAUAGUGUUUACAUAUACAUAGAGGAACACACCUAGGUACUAUUACUGUACAUUGUUUAAAAGUUGCAGUACUGUAAAAAUAUUGUCUGGAUGUUUAUAAUAAAAUGUUUGCCUAUAAAGAAAGAAUGAAUUGGCUGUGCUCCAUAGUUCAUGAAAAAGUACUCCUGCAUAAAAAUUCAUUGUCUGAACAGUGCUGUUGAUCUAUGCUGCCUGCAUCACCGGAUCAGAAAAAUGCUUAGAUUUACUAAAUGUGCCUGAUAAAAUGUCUAUGGUAACUCUCCAACCUGUUUUUUGUUUUCCUCCAAAAAGCUGUAACAGGACACCAAAAGCUAAAAUAAACUAUUUUCAUUUUGUUACAAAA